CGCUUUUGCAAUGAGACUUCUCCUGGCACCACAGUGGACAUUGAUUUCAUCACCAUUUUUAUGUUUUCAGGUUGUUGGCAUAAAACGGGUGAUACGGAGGCCUGUUCUGAGCAGAGUGUAUCUGUACAAGUGGAGUCACAGGUUAGUGUUUCUAAGACAGCUCCAGCCACCCAGAAGAGCCAUCGGUGUGGAAGGUGUUUCUCUGUGUUCAAAGACAUUCUGCACCUGACUGAGUCACAAGCAGCAGACUUUGAGCAGAAAGCCUUCUUCAGUGACGCACGUGUGAGAGGCUUCUGUUUCAGUGCGAACCCUCCCCGUCCACAGAGUGAAGCAGGUGGAGAGAAGCCCUGGAAAGAAGCUGUGGACAGGGCCUCGUCUGUGGCCAGGUGCAGCUUCUCCUUAUCAGGGCUGCCUUCAUCCAGUAGGGAGGGUGGGGAAGUCUUCCCAGCCAUCUCAGAGCUUGUCCAGCACCAGACCCCUCACAAUACUGAGGAGCCACACAGUGGCAGUGAGAUUUCAGGAGAAUUUCUGAAAAGAAAAAGGCAUCACCAAUGGGAUGAUUGUGAAAAAGCAGCCAGCCACAACCAAAACCUUGUUCAACAUCAGGGCGUCUGCUCUGGGGAAGAGAAAUAUGAGUGUAAUACACGUGGGAAAGUUCUUACAUGUAUCUUUAACCUCAAUAGACAUAGGAGAAUUCACGCUGGAGAAAAGUCCUAUGAGUGCACUGACUGUGGGAAGCUGUUCAAUCACAGCUCUUCCCUCACAAGACACCACAGAGUUCACACGGGAGAAAAACCGUAUGAGUGCAGUGACUGUGGCAAGCUUUUCAAUGACAGGUCAUCCAUCAGAAAUCACCAGAGAGUUCACACUGGAGAAAAACCGCAUGAGUGCAGUGAAUGUGGGAAAUCCUUCAGUCGAAGGCUUCACCUCACUAAACACCACAGAGUUCACACUGCGGAAAAACCUUACAAAUGUAGUGAAUGUGGAAAAUCAUUUAGGUGCAGUUAUGGCCUCUCUGUCCACAAGAGAGUUCACACUGGAGAAAAGCCUUACAAAUGUAAUGAAUGUGGAAAAUCAUUUAGUCGCAGCUAUGUCCUCUUUACCCACCAGAGAGUUCACACUGGAGAAAAGCCAUUUCAGUGUAGUGAUUGUGGGAUGUCCUUCAGUCACUACUCUAACCUCUUUAAACACAACAGAAUUCACACUGGAGAAAAACCUUAUGAGUGCAGUGAAUGUGGGAAGUCCUUCCAUCAGGGGUAUUCACUCACUAAACACAACAAAGUUCACACUGGACAAAAACCAUAUAAGUGCAAUGAAUGUGGUAAAUCUUUUAAGGAAAAUUCUUCCCUCCUUAUCCACAAGGGAGUUCACACCGGAGAAAAGCCGCAUGGAUGUAGUGUUUGUGGGAAGUGCUUUCUGCGAAGAUCUAACCUCAUUCAACACCUCAGAGUUCACACUGCUGAAAAACCUCAUGAGUGCAGUGAAUGUGGGGAAUCUUUUCGCUUCAAAUAUGUCCUCGUUCAACACUUGAAAGUACACGCUGGAGAAAAGCUUUAAGUGUGCAGGGAAUGUUUUACUUUU